AUAGUGGCAUUAGCUCUGUUCCUUUUCAAAUUUUGUCCAGUUAUGGCAUCGUCGCACUCAACGAAAGUUCUAGAUGUCUGCCAAAUUUCACCAACCUUUGAUUCACCGGAGUCAGCCACCGAGUUUUCCCUUCCUCUCACCUUUUUCGACUUAUUCUGGUUAAGGUUUCCUCCGGUUGAACGUCUCUUUUUCUACCAACUUACCGAUUUAACCCCUGCUUUCUUCAAUUCAGUUAUCUUACCUAAACUCAAACACUCCCUCUCUCUCACUCUUGUUCUCUAUCUCCCCCUCGCCGGCCACCUUACAUGGCCACCAAACUCUCCUAAACCUAUCAUCCUUUAUACUCCAAGCACUGGCGUUCUACUCACAGUCGCUGAGUCAGACGCGGACACAGAUCAUCUUUGGAGUGAUGAGAUCCAAGUUGCUACAGAGUUACAUCCAUAUGUGCCAAAGUUACCGGCAUCUGAAACUAGGUCAUCUGUUAUUGCUUUGCAAAUCACUUUGUUUCCAAAUAAGGGGUUUAGCAUCGGUUACUCCAUUAACCAUGCAGUUCUUGACGGUCAAAGCGUAACCAUGUUUAUGAAAGCUUGGUCUUACAUAUCUAAACAUGGUGAAAGAUCUUUAUUACCUGAAUUAUGUCCAUUUUAUGAUCGAAAUGGUUUAAAAGACCCAAAAGACCUCGAAUCACUGUUCUUGGCUCAGUGGGAAUCCAUAACUGAGUCCGAGUCAAGAGGCAAUCCUCGAAGUUUGAAAGUGUUGUCCCAUAUAGAUCAAGCGACUAACAGGGUUCGAUCUACGUUUAAGUUAAGUACCGAAGACCUAAACAAAAUCAAGAAUAAGAUUUUGUCUCAAUUGGAAAACCCAAUUGAUCAUUUAUCAGAUUUUGUGAUUACAUGUGCUUACGUUUUAGUUUGCAUGGUAAAAGCAAGAGGAGGAGAUGAAAAUAGAACCGUUUGGUUCUUGUAUGCUGUGGAUUGCAGGACACGUUUAAACCCUCCACUUCCUAAAAAUUACUUUGGCAAUUGUAUUGCUGCUCAUGAUGUGAUUGCAGUAGCGAGAGAUUUCAUGGAGGUAAAUGGAUUACCGAUUAUUGCCAAGAGGAUUAGUGAAAGUAUAAAGAGAAUAAAGACAAAUGGAGUCCUUGAAGGAGCAGAAGAGAAGCUAUCAAGUUUAAAAAGUAUUAAAAGUGGAGUACAAGCGAUAGGGGUUGCUGGAUCGACCCGGUUUGGGGUUUACGGGUAUGAUUUUGGGUGGGGAAAGCCCAAAAAGGUGGAAAUAACUUCCAUAGAUAGAACUGGUGCAAUUUCUUUCAAAGAGAGUAAAGAUGGAAAUGGAGGAGUUGAGAUUGGAUUGGCUUUGACUAGAAAUGAAAUGGAAGCUUUUGCUACUUUAUUUGGUAAUGGCCUUAAAGAUCUUUGUUAAGUUUGACUUGCUAUUUAGUCAUGCAACCUUAAAAAUGUAAUAUUAUGAUUAGUUACAUCAUAGUUUUGUAAACGAGUCAAAUGCUUUUGAGCUGUUUAAGUCUCAUUCAUAAAAAAAAAAAAAAAAAAAAAAAA